CUUUGCACAAGUCCCUCGCCGUCGACAACGAUGACGGGCUCGACCGUCUCACUUGAACCCCUCAGCUCACCGUCGCCGUCACCUCCACCACCAGAAGAGCAGCACUCCGCGUCAGGAUCCAACCCCGCAGCCCUCGACAGCGGCUCAGAGCUUUCCGAACUGACGGAGGAGGAGCAGGAGGAGAACCGUGGCGAUAGUAAAGCAGAGGUGCGCAACUCGAGCAGACCACGAGACAGCAAACGCAAGCGCAACAACCUCCUUCCACCUCCGAUGUGGGAUUGGGCAUACAAGAACACCAAGAAGACGGAGAAGGGCGAUUGGCGCACACGCCUUGUCGAAGAGGAGGAGGAAGAGGAGCAGUCCGGCCCCGCGAAAGCGAUGGAAGAGGAGGAAGACGACGACGCAGACCGCGACGAUGACGCAGAGCGUAUCGCUCCGCAGGAGGUAGAGAGCGACGGCGAGGACGAGCGCGAGGAAGAUGACGACGAGCCGCCUGCGCACGCUUUGGCCGCGGAAGCGCUAGAGCCACUCCCAGAUGAUCCCCUCGACAAUGAGGAUGCAACUGACGAUGAUGAAGAGCUCGAUGAAGACGAUCCUGACGUUGCGGUCAGCGGGGCUACCUCGCGCGCCGCGUCCCACAAGGGCGCCCCCUCACCCGACCUCACUGACGACGAGAACGGAGAUGAUGAGGAAGCGGGCGAGGAUCCCAUGGAGGACGACCCUCCCCUCGCAGAGUCCGACGCCGAAGACGAGCCUGACGCGUCCGCGGCACUCGAACCGGCGACGCCACUGGACGCUGCACCCCCGGUGCUGGACGACAACGCUCCGCUCAUGGUCGUCGACCAGCUUGUACCGCCGCCACCACUCGUUGCUCCCACAUCUCACAUGGCUGCCGCAUCCUCUAUCAUGGCUGGCUCGACUGUUGUGGCGCCGCCCUCACGCUCUCCCUCAUCCUCGUCCUCGGCGUCUGGCUCACCCUCAUCGUCUCGUUCACCGACGCCCGAAGGUGAUGCAGAUGUCCUAUCCGAUCGCGAACCAGAACCAGAACGCGACGUUAAGGGCGGUCGUGCAUCGCGGAGGAAGAGAACAAGGGUCCGAAGGCGCAAAAGCAAGGUUGAUGCGGCGGCCGAACGUGACCUCGAAGCUGAUGGAGAUGCGGACCAGGUUGCCGCAGAUGGAGAGGACGGCGAUGCUGCUGACAAUGAGGAGGCUGACCCGGACUCUCCAGAACUGGAACUGGAGCUCGAGUCCGACCUGCAACCAGCGCACCGCGCAGAAGCUCUCGACGUACUUGCGACUAUAGAACUGAAGUUCGCCCUUCUCAGAGAGCGCCUCUACGUGGAGAAGAUGGAGGCCCUAGCAUGGGAGGAGGCCUUGGUCGCGGAAGGCACACAUCCCGAGCUACUGCACCUUAAUGAAGAGCUCUUGAAACGACGCGACAAAAGGCUGGAGUUGGCCUCUAGAAGACGCGACUUCGAGGCCUUAAAUGUCAUGAAGCGCCGGAAGCUAGACGAGGACGGCGUGUGGAGCUGGUGGAAGGCGGAAAGAGAUGAUCUCCAGACCGAGAUGAUCUCGGAGACCAAUAGAAAGAGGCGCAAGCUCGAGCGGGAGAGACGGGCUCUGGAGCGCCCACAGCCAGAACGUCGGAUGCCGGAACCACCUCAAGAGGUCCGCGCGCCUCCUACAUUACGCGAGAUCGUCAAGACCUAUCCGUUCGGUAUUGCGUCUUCAGGGCAGGCGUCACGCCACAAGGAUGCCACAAGCCCAGGGCCCAUUGCGUACCCACACCUGAGCGCGCUUCCACUCACAGACAUCGCGAGGGACCUGGAGUUUCUGUUCCAGCACAGGCGUGGUGCUGCUGGUUUUGACCCACAUCGCCAGAUGAUCAAUCCAGCCCUCGGUGCCCCGGUCCCUCAGUUUGACUAUCCGAUGAAUAUGGCUAUGGUCAACGGACCUGGUGCAGGCAAUCGCUUCGGCCCCGGCGCUCCUGGGUUUCAACAUCCGCAUUAUCCGGAGAUGCAACCUCCGCCGGGUAUGCCGGGGUUUCAGCCGCAAGCACCGCGCCCCGCUCACCACCCUUCAGCGGUCCCAGGCAGCUUACCGAACCUGCAUCCAUCGCAGGCCAUCGAUCAGGACAUGCAUCGACCGGGGUCUGGUCACGCGCAGCCAAGCAUGCACAUGCAGCAGUUUGGUGGCAUGCCAUCUAUGAAUGGGCCCGGCGGACUUAUGAGGCCGCGUUCGAUCUCACCGGUGCCCGUGCAGACUGCGGCGAACAGGAUGGUGCCCUCCCCUGCACCGCCCGGUUUUUCGCAGUCAAAGUCAAACGGGUGGGUCGGGGGUGGUCCUCCUGGGCCAAGCAUGCUGGGCCUUGUACACAAGGACCCAAAGAGACCAGAGAGCAGUGCGGACGCGCGUGAUACAGAUUCGGAGCGCGAGCGGUUCAUGGAUGGGCAGAAGAGUCGAGACAAGGUGGAGCGGGAACGCGACUUUGGGCGCGAGCGGGAGCAAGAAAGAGGAUACCCCAUGCAGAUGAUACCUCAGAGACACGCAGGACAUCAGCACUCGCAUCCGCACGUACAUGCACCGCCAGGGCAGCCUCCGCAUGUGCACGUCGUACAGCACCAUCACCGUAUUGGGCCGCACCACCACCAUGUCGUCCACCAUCACCAUCCUCCGCAGGCGAACGGCCCUGGUCAGGGCCCUCCGAUGUCGGUGCUGCCUUCUGGAGUGGGGGCGAGCUCGAGCUCGAUGAACAGUCCACGUCCGCCGCGCGAGAUCGAGCCUCGGCAUAUCCACCCGAGUGCGUCUAUGGAAGUCGAUAUGGCUGCUGGCCCGUCACGACAGUUGCUACCAUCGCCGCACAUGUCGGCUGAUGCGUCGCGCGAACGUGGCAGACCGAUCGGACCUGCGCCCGUUGGUCCUCACGAGCGAAUGAUGACCCCCUUCGCCGCGGGUCCGUCCAGCUUUCCGGGAUCACCACGCAACGCUCUGCCCCCUACGGCGCCUUCGUCUGUAGGCCCGUCGAGACGCGGCUCAUUCACGAAUCACGAGGACAACGGUCUUCUCCGCCCAGCCUCUUCCGCAUCUACGAGCAGACCAUCGCAGAACAGCACGUAUCGACAACCUAUAGCAAGACGGCCACAGACACCGCCUCCAGCCCAAUCGCGCCCGAAUACGUGGAACUCGCCGACGCACGGGAGACCAACGGACUACGGCAUGUCUCACUCACCGCCACAUACGAACGGCGGUCCUGCUCCGCAUAUGAGUCCUUCAGGCCUUGGUAGUGGUUUCCCAGGGCCUAUGCGUUCGCCUACGAGGACAGGCCAGCCGCCGCUGGGAAUGCAGCUACCGCCUCCACCAUCACUGAGCUCAUCUGCACGGUCACCACCAGUGGGAGCGGAGGGUGCUGGGGCGUCGAAGAAUGGUAGUCCUAGCUUGAAGUCUUUUGGUCGCCCUUCGUCACCAGGUCUCCCAAAGUCGAUGAUACCAGGGCCAGCCCGACAUCCAAAUCCAGAGUCCGUUGGGAUGGGUGGCUUGAGAACGUCGCCGGCAGGUCCGCUCUUCCCACCCCCGUCGCAAUCAAGCUCGAAUCAGCCGCUUCCGCCUCGAAUACCAAACGGUUCGAUACCUGACAUACACCCGAGUGGGGGCCCUGUCGCGCCGAAGGUUGUACACGUAGACGGCUCCUGAUUCUUAUUCUCGGAUCUAGCUUUGUUCUGUUUGUUCGUUCGUUCGACUUAGUGGACUCGGUAUGUAUUGCGGAAAGACUAAUGUAUCAUCUAACUUCCUCUCUUCAAUCGCAUUCCAUCCUACACUCA